AAAAUAUGCAUCAGAAGUGUAUUCCAGAAGAACUCGGUAGCCGACACCUCGCACACGAACUGCGAUGUCCUGGCAGUAGACGUCCUCACUCGUAUCAGCGAGAAGUGGCAUAGCAGCUGCCGACUUUUCUCCCGUGCUUCCAUCUCUACGCUGAACAAGCCAUCGACAAUACUCCCGAGGAUUGGAUUUUGGUGAAAGCGUACUUAUACGUUGAAUCCCGGGAUGUCAUCUCUUCAGGACAGGCUAUCAACUGCCCCAGCUAUCUAGUGCAAAUAUGUUAAGACUUGCUAUACCUUUCUUAGCCCUCGCAGCCCUCGUCUCCGCUGUUUUCGCCCAGUCGUCUGUGUGGGGCCAAUGCGGCGGGAUUGGCUGGACUGGCCCCACGGCUUGUACGACUGGUAAUGUUUGCCAGGCGUACAGUCAGUAUUAUUCUCAGUGCAUCCCUUCCGGCCAGGCCACAUCUGUUUCCUCUGCUCCAGUCUCUUCUUCGCCAACAACAACUGCGAGUGCCCCGGCCUCCACGUCGACUGCGAAGCUCCAUCAGCUCGCAAAGUCGCAGGGCAAGCUGUACUUCGGCACAGCUACUGACAACCCUGAGCUUACGGAUACAGCCUACGAUGCAAUUCUGGACGAUGGCAUGAUGUUCGGUCAGAUAACUCCCGGAAACUCAAUGAAAUGGGAUGCUACCGAGCCUGAGCAAGGCGUGUUCAGCUGGACCGGUGCUGAUCAAAUUGUCAACCUUGCUCAGCAAAACGGCCAAAUCCUUCGUGGACACAAUUGUGUCUGGUAUAACCAGCUCCCGAGCUGGGUGUCCAGCGGCAACUUCACCGCGGCACAGCUCACGUCCAUCAUUCAAAACCACUGCUCUACCCUCGUAGGUCACUACCAGGGUCAGAUCUACAGCUGGGACGUCGUCAAUGAGCCCUUCAACGAUGAUGGCACCUGGCGCCAGGACGUCUUCUACGACACUCUUGGAACCUCGUAUGUCUCCAUUGCGCUUAAAGCCGCACGCUCAGCCGAUCCGAAUGCGAAGCUGUACAUCAACGAGUACAACAUCGAAUAUGCAGGCCCAAAGGCAACAGCUCUGCUGAGUCUCGUGCAAACACUGCAGUCGCAAAGCGUACCGCUGGACGGCAUCGGAUUCCAAUGCCACUUCAUCCUUGGCGAAGUCCCGACGGAUCUACAGACGCAGUUGUCGACGUUCGCGGCGCAAGGUGUCGAGGUUGCCAUCACCGAACUCGACAUCCGCAUGACACUGCCUUCGACGCCGGCAUUGCUUCAGCAGCAGAAGACAGACUACCAGAACGUCAUCGCGGCGUGUAUGGGUGUCGAGGCCUGCGUCGGCAUGACCAUCUGGGACUGGACCGACAAAUAUUCUUGGGUCCCAUCAACUUUUUCCGGUCAGGGUGCUGCUUGCCCGUGGGACGAGAAUCUCGUCAGGAAACCAGCCUACGACGGGAUUGCCAUCGGCUUGGGUAAUUAGAUGCAUGCUUCUUCGCAUCUGCGGCAGAUAUAUGAAGUCCACUGAAGGUGUACCGUACUGAGUUACCAGAUGUCACAUGUUUCUUGGGAGCUGUACCCACGUCGCACCUGAUUACGAGCAAAAUGAGUCUCGAGCGUAUUAAUCUGCGACCAUUGAGCGCUACUUCUGCCUUCUCCCUUCGACCUUCACCGCCACUAUCGCCGCAGGUUUUGCUGUCGCUCCUUCACCAGAGACACGUAUAUUGUGUGACGGUCUGCUGCCGCCGCCUAGCAACCCCGCGAAUACUCUGUUCACCACCCUGGUCAUCUCUCGCUUUCCUUGACUAUCAUUUCUUUGUCCCUGAAGGUACGUU